GCCAGGGGCGGGGCCUUCCCCCCCCCCCCCGCCCCCGCCGGCCCUGCCCUUUAUCAGCGGGGCCCGGCCCAGCCAUCACCGACAUCAGCGCCCGAGCUCUACCCAGCCCGGCCCAAGGAUGGAGUCCCUCCCUGAAGCAGUCCUGAUCAGAAUUCUGGCUUCCAUACCUGCGGUGGAUUUGGUGCUGGUGUGCCGCCUGGUCUGCUGCCAGUGGAAGAACCUGGUCGAUGGAGCUGCACUUUGGAUUCUGAAGUGUCAGCAGGAAGGCCUCACUGGAGCAGAGUCACAGGAGGAUGCAGAGAACUGGCAAAACUUCUACUUCCUGAGUAAGAAGAGGAAGAAUCUCAUCAAGAACCCUUGUGGUGAAGAAGACCUGCAGCACUGGGGAGAGGUAGAGAAUGGAGGCGAUGGCUGGAAAAUUGAAGAGCUCCCUGGGGACUUUGGAAAAGAAUUCCCUAGUGAAGAAGUCCAUAAAUACUUUGUUACAUCUUAUGAGUGGUGUCGAAAGGCGCAGGUCAUCGACCUUAAGGCUGAGGGCUACUGGGAAGAGCUGAUGGAUACAACCCAGCCUAAAGUUGUGGUAAAAGACUGGUACGCGGGACGCAGUGAUGCUGGCUGCCUCUAUGAGCUCUGUGUGAAGCUGCUCUCUGAGAAUGAGGAUGUUCUGGCAGAGUACAAAAGUGAGACCAUUUCCAUCCCACAGGACAACGAUGCCAACUGGACUGAGAUCUCUCACACCUUUUCCAACUAUGGGCCUGGGGUCCGCUUUGUCCGCUUUGAACAUGGCGGCCAGGACACGCUGUUCUGGAAGGGAUGGUAUGGCGUACGUGUUACCAACAGCAGCGUGACUGUGGAGCCAUAGCCGUGCUGAACUGAGGCCUGCAUGCUGGAGCUGACUUCCCUCAGGGCAUCUCACGGCCUUUGGAUGGUUUCUGCAUGGUGCUGCUUCCAGGCUGCAGAGCACACAACCUUUCUGCGUAUGAAUGUGCGUGCAAGGUGCCAGGGGCCACCACCCAUCUUUCCUCAAGAGGACUAUGCAAAGAAUGUGAAUAGAUUGGUGAAUGUACCACACGACUCAGCCUCACCACUUGCACUGAUGUUCUCCGUUAGACAUGAAAUCACCUAAAAAUCCUGCAGACUUGACUCCUCUCCUAAGCCACUAACCCCUAGUACCCAGCCUGAGCUAGACACCCAUCCUGCCUGCUUCCAAGAGUUGGGCAUCCCUUAACCUUAAAGGGUAGUUUGGGCAUAUUUUCUGAAAGUCAGGGGGAGCUGGGGGAGCAAAGAAGCAUAGACCUUGUGCCUGAGAACAUACCAGGGAAACCCAGAGCCCUGUCACAUCUGUCACCAACCGCUUCCUAGACCUGCAGCGAGAACCUUAGCUUCUCCCAUUUAUAAAGAGAUGUCUAUUGCUUGCCAUACAGGAGCUGUAGCUUGGCUGCCAAGUGCUCUUAGUUUCAUUUUUAGUGAUAAUGCAAAGCACUAGGGAUUGGAUCCCUUUCUCUUACACUGUUCCCAGCAUCCAUUUAUCAAGGAAAGUGGUGAGAACUGAAACCUCUUUGAUGUCCAACCAUGGGGCUUCACUUGGUUCUCUCAGACAGAUGGCAACUGAGAGUAAUUGCUGGGAGAGAGAUGACAAAGACUUAGGGAAAAGGGUUAGAAGCAAACUGGGGAGGGGGUCCAGGAACAGGCAAAAAUGACCUUACCUACCCCUUCCUGCCCUCUGCAUGCUUCAUCUAAUAAGCACCCUGGUCACCCAGUAUGACUCUUUGCAGGCAGGAGAUAUUCUUCACAGAGAAAGCUGUUGCUAGCCCCACUUGAUCUCAGUUCUUCCUGCCUGCUAACAGGGCCUGCACUCCAUAUGCUUGCUGACAAGACAGCACUUCAUACAGGCUCCCACUAGUGCCUCUUGAUAUCACUCAGGGCUGUGAGCCACCGUCCUUAACAAAGACACCUAAGCUUCCCCUGAGCCAAGCCUGUCCCUGCUAGUUUGUCUUCUCAGAAGAGCAUCCUCUUAACAAAGCAAAGCUGGAGUUGCCUGGAGUGAUAGGCACUUCCAUUUUUGUGUCUAGCUUCCCUUCCUAGGCUGCCAGCACAUACAUACCUGAAUGCCACUUUGCGUCAAAGUGCACCGUUACAAGUGCAGUGUACUACUAUCACCUGUAGCCAAAGGAGAGAGCUGAGCUAGUCACUUGUGCACACUCUGCUACAUUGGGCUUUCUGCGCCGUGGCACCUGGAUGCCUAGGGCACACUGGCUUUCCAAACUACAGCUGUACCAAGCCAGAAUGCAGGCAAACGUAAUAAAGUGACAUAAUUGUG